AUGGCCCGCCCUCAUGCCACUCAACAGGGGGAGACCGCCAUCCUUUGUGGAGCUGCUAAGACACAGCCAAGUUCGCUAAGAUCUCGUCGGCAAGACCGGCCGGGGCUAUCGUCCAACACUUUUGGCGGCCUUAGGACCAGAUGUGGUGUUUACCUCCCGCUCCAGCCCGCCAAGCACAGCUUGAUCCUGGUUCCCUGA